UCUCUUUCACAGUGUCCUACCCAAUGCUGUGUGCUUGAGCAAAGCGAAUGACGUCUCUGCAUUUGCGGGCCGCCGACGCAGGGCUGGGUUUCCAUUUUCAGAGCGAGUUUCGGGGGGGAUCGUCAACAUGGAGCCGGAGAUGGAAGACAAAACGUUGGAUCUGAUGAACACGUCGGGGAUGGACUCGCAGAACCUCGUGGAUGACCUGUCGCCAAAGAAGAACACAGUUCUCAAGCUUAGUAAUGGUCCUGUUGUGGGCUCCCGCAAGCGCCCGUCAGAGGGGAACUACGAGAAGGAGAAGGAACACUGCAUUGCCCUGUUCGACCAGUGGUCGGAGGCCGACCAAGUGGAGUUUGUCGAGCGUCUGAUAUCCCGAAUGUGCCACUACCAGCACGGCCACAUUAACUCCUACCUCAAACCCAUGCUGCAGAGGGACUUCAUCACUGCGCUGCCAGCCCAAGGCUUAGAUCACAUAGCGGAGAACAUUCUGUCUUUCCUGGAUGCACGUUCACUGUGUGCGGCCGAGCUCGUAUGUAAGGAGUGGCAGAGGGUCAUCUCAGAGGGUAUGCUGUGGAAAAAGCUGAUAGAACGCAUGGUCCGCACUGAUCCACUCUGGAAAGGACUGUCCGAGAGACACCAGUGGGAGAAAUAUCUGUUCAAAAACCGCACAUCAGAAGUCCCACCCAACUCUUAUUAUCACUCCCUUUAUCCCAAAAUCAUCCAAGACAUAGAGACUAUUGAGGCUAACUGGCGAUGUGGCAGACACAAUUUGCAGAGGAUUCAGUGUCGCUCAGAAAACAGUAAAGGGGUUUAUUGUCUCCAGUACGAUGACGACAAGAUCAUCAGUGGCCUUAGGGACAAUUCCAUUAAGAUAUGGGAUAAACAGUCACUGGAGUGUCUGAAAAUACUGACUGGUCACACGGGUUCGGUGUUGUGCCUCCAGUAUGACGAGAGGGUCAUCGUCACUGGGUCCUCUGACUCAACUGUUAGGGUGUGGGAGGUGACAACGGGCGAGGUACUGAACACGCUGAUCCACCACAACGAGGCCGUGCUUCAUUUACGCUUCGCCAACGGCCUGAUGGUCACGUGCUCCAAGGACCGCUCGAUCGCCGUGUGGGACAUGGCCUCCCCGACGGACAUCAGCUUACGUCGCGUCCUUGUGGGCCAUCGGGCGGCCGUCAACGUGGUUGACUUUGACGACAAAUAUAUUGUCUCUGCCUCAGGGGACCGCACCAUCAAGGUAUGGAGCACCAGCACCUGUGAAUUUGUCCGUACUCUAAACGGUCAUAAGCGGGGGAUUGCGUGUCUACAGUAUCGGGAUAGAUUGGUUGUGAGCGGCUCAUCUGAUAACACAAUUAGGUUAUGGGACAUUGAGUGUGGCGCAUGUUUGCGAGUGCUGGAGGGUCACGAAGAGCUGGUGCGCUGCAUCCGCUUUGACAACAAGAGGAUUGUCAGUGGUGCUUAUGAUGGUAAGAUUAAAGUAUGGGACUUGCAGGCAGCAUUGGACCCGCGAGCCCCUGCAAGCACACUAUGCCUGCGAACUCUGGUGGAGCAUUCUGGCCGCGUGUUCCGUCUGCAGUUUGACGAGUUCCAGAUCAUUAGCAGCUCUCACGACGACACCAUUCUGAUUUGGGACUUUCUCAACGUCUUGACCAAUGGCCAGUCAGAAGGGCGGUCUCCAUCCCGCACCUACACUUACAUUUCUAGAUAGCAGGUGGCUCCACCCACCGCACCCUCUCUUGUUGGAGCCCAGGCCUGAUUGGGCUUGAUGGGUGCGUCCAUCAUGGAAAAGGAGCCCAUCUCUCUCUUCCCCCUUCUUCUUCUUCGUCAUCUCUCUGUCCCAACAUCCACGCCCGCUCGCGCCUCCUUCCGGACUCGGACAGGACCUCCAAAAAACGUGUGCCCGUUUUCCACCAGCGCUAAAGAUGCCCGACAGUUGAACCAGCGUCGUUUCACCUUCUACUAAUUUAUGUUUUGUAAAAUACACUAAUGACAGUAUUAACAAACCCUAUAUAAGUCACUUUCCCUCCCCCCCUGAAAAAAAUGUAUGAAGCUUCUGCUCUUGAGUUUUCCACCCCCCCUCAGCCAAAAACAGUCUCGACAGAUAAGGAAUUGCUUCUAGUUCUAUUUAUGUUACACACAAAUGCCCACACAGGGUGGCACAGCGGGACAGAGGAUGGCCGGAGCUGUGACGCAGGAGAAAAGAGACUCUUAAGGCGGCUCCAGGAAAAGCAGGGAAUGAUGAGGCGGAAACGGAGACGGAGGGAGUGCACUCGGAAGACCUCGUGUGUCUUCACUCCUCGCCGUUCCUCAACAUCCAAACCCCCCCCACAACAACAACAACUACUCUCCUUCCUGCCUCAUGUCCCCGCCCCUUCACCCCCCCUUUCUCCCAGGGAUGCACACUAGCUUGGAAUAUGGGGGCACACCUGAAUUGAGUGCGCUUACGUAUGUGGACUCGGAACAGCAAAAAGCGUCGGACAUGCAUGUGAGGUUGCCAUGGAUACAGCGACCUCAGCUAUUUUCUUUCUCUCUAUUCUAUUUUCUUACUGUUUUUUUUUAUAACAGUUAUUUUCUAAUUUUAUUUGAGUAUGUUUUUGGUUGUUAGUACAAAAUCCAUACUAGCCCCCCCCGCCCUCUUUUUUCGCUGUUUUUCUUUCUUUCUUCUAACGUCAUCUCCUGUCCGUUUGUCCCUCUCACUCCAUCUCUGUGCUUGCUUUUGGUUAUGAGAGAAGCUGGAAUUCCUGAGCUCCAAAUUUAGUUGUAAACAGACUUGUCUUGUCAAAAAAAAAAAAAUUGUGUUGUAUAUUAAAAAUGAUUUUUUAAAGAAGAAAAUGACCUUAUUGUGAAUAAAGUACUUGACAGUGAGUGUUGAGCCAACUGUAAUGCGGACGAGUGUCUAAUUGUUAUGUUGUGUGUUUGUGUGGGAACCCAACAGGGCGGAUUUGGACUCUGCUUCCUCCCCCCCCGUUUGCACUUGCAGCACUCAAUAAAAUUUUUGUUUCUUUUGUA